UUAUAAAAGUUCACAGCUUUUUCUUUUUCUCUUUACUUUUUUUUUUUUUGUUAUAGGUGCAGAUUUAUUUUGACCUCUUUUGUACUUUCUUUGACACUGCUUUGAAUAUAUAUUUUCCUCGGACAGUGGGAAAAUAGACCGACAUUUUCUUUGCUUUGUGUUGGGCUUUAAUUGUUUUGACGAGAAAAAUGGUUGUUUGGUUGCUAGAUGAAAAGAAAAAGGUUUGAAAUUUUUACUGUUUGGGACUCAAUAACACUAUAAAGUAUAAACUACUCUCGGUGCUGCAUGAUAUAAGGUUUUUCUUUGGUUUAAGGAAAGUUUGAGGAAAAGGAAGGAAUUUUUUAUUUUUGGGGAAAUGGGUUAGUUUCCAAUUUGUUAAGUAUUUAUGAGAAAUUUUUUUUUUCUCUCACUCUUUUCUUGAGCUUUUAAAAGUAAUGGAGCAUUUGGGGUUGGGUGAAAAUGAAUUUUCCUUAACUUUUCCCCUGUUUUCACUGCAAACACACGGAGAUAUUCAGGUUGGUUUAUUGUUGUGUAAAGUUUUGAUCUUGGAGAUAAUUGUUCUGUGCUGUGUGUUAUUAAUAUGCUGAUUUGUUUAUUCAAAAUUUGGAAAAUGUAUGAGUUUUCAAUGUUGGCAAGUGUGCUAUGAUAUUGAGGUUUAGAGAUUGGAAGAUGAAUUCUUUUAAUUGAAAGCUAUGAACUCCAGCUCAUGGUUUUGUCAUUCCAACUCCAGUUCUUAGACUUCGGCUUUCUCUUCAACUUUAUUUUGUCACUGUGGUUUUCGUUGUCAACUUGUUUCUGUGGCAGUGUGGCUGCACCAUCUUUAUUUGUGAUUAUUAUAUCUACCCCUAUUUGUUUUUUGGUUGGUAAGUUACAUAUGCACCCACUGGGUUUUGAACCCCACAACCUUACCCUCCACCCAUUCUUAUGUGAGAAGGAAGUGCCAUUUGAGCUAGAGUUCAUUGUCAAUGUAUCAUCUAUUUUUCUGUCUUUGGUGGGGGAUGUUGGGAUUGCUACAGAUGAUACGUGUAUUUCCCGAGUCUUGCUUUAGAGACAUUAUGGGUUUUCCUCAACCUUAAGAUUACAGUUCAUUAGUGAUGAAAUGUUUGUUUUCAGAAAUAUUCCUGGAUCUUUUUUAGGAAUUACUUUCUCUAAAACAAAUGGAGGCAAGAAACUUUAUAUGUGAUUCAAAUCAAUUUCAUGAUCCACAAUUCAAUGUAAUCAUUCUCCUUGGUAUGAGACACAAAAUAACGGUGUGAUUGUUGUACAUCUGGUUCCUGAUUGUAGGGUGUUCUUGUCUGAAGGUUUAUCUGUGAUUUGCAUAAAGUGAAAAGUCUUUGAUUCUCAGCUGAGAGACUAUUAGGGAAUAGGAAUGGCUCUCGAGACAUUUCUAGAUUCCAACUUUCAAAUGGAAGCAAACUCCCUGGUACUUACUAGGCCAACUGGCAGCUUUUUGGGGUUCUCAAGUUCUAAUGACUCGCUAGAAAAGGAUGAGCAAUACCAGGCAGUGGUAGCUUCCCUCUUGAACACAUCUUCUGGAAACUUGCCGAAUAACAUGUCUAGGAUUGCACAUAUGAAUGCGGGUAGGGUCUCAGGGGAAGUGAACCCAACCGUCUUAAAUCCUGUGGUGAAUGGACUGAGUGUUAGGCCAAGUUCCUUGGUAACAGAUUCUGAAUCAGCACUUUCAGAGGGUCCUCAUUCACAUAGAAGUGCUAGUACCAACAUGGAUUCUUAUCUGGAGUCACCCAUAUCACCUUCAUCAUUCUCAUCUCAUAACCUAAGAAAAACUAGAUCUUCAGUUAUAGAUGGUUCCUCCAUUGCUCAGUAUACCUCCCAUCUAGAACAAGAUUGCCCACAAGUGCAUAAAAGGAAAUACCAGCAUGAGGAAUUCAAUAAUGUAUCUAAAGUGGCUGCACAAGUGCAUAGAAGUUCACUUCUAAAGGGCACUAGACAGGAGCCCCUCACUUCAACUCAGAUGAUUAAGAAACCAAGAUUAGACAUCAAGCAGGAGGCUAUUAUGCAACAGCAUAUUAUUCAGCAGCUACUGCAGAACCCGGAUUCUUCACAGUUACAAGGACAUCUACCCCAACUGCAAGCAAUGUUUCAGCAGCAUCAGUUACAAAAUCAGAAGUGGCAAAAGAUUUUGCAGUCUAUUCCACAAUAUCAGGGAAUUGACAUGCAACAGCAACAGCAGCGACAGAUGAGGCACCAUCUCCAACAACAGAUGAUGCAUCAAGUACCUGUUAUGCACCCAUUUAAUGAAGGCAUCUGUUCGCGCCGGCUAAUGCAGCAGAUAUAUCAUCUGCGGCAACGACCAGCUGACAAUGAUAUUGCUUAUUGGAGGAAAUUUGUGGCAGAGUAUUAUGCUCCUUGUGCAAGGAAAAGGUGGUGCGUGUCUCUAUAUGAUAGAGUUGGACACAAUGCCUUUGGUAUAUUCCCCCAGACAGCUAGGGAUACAUGGCAAUGUGACUUGUGUGGUUGUAAAUCAGGGAGGGGAUUUGAAGCGUAUUUUGAAAUACUUCCUAGGCUUAAUAGAAUUACAUUUGAUAGUGUGAUCGAUGAAAUAUUGUUUCUCGAUUUGCCGCGUGAGUGUAGAUUCCCUUCUGGGUUAAUGAUGUUGGAAUAUGGAAGAGCAAUUCAGGAGAGUGUCUAUGAGCAACUGCGCGUUGUUCGUGAGGGUCAACUGCGUAUUAUUUACACUAAUGAUUUGAAGAUACUAUCAUGGGAAUUUUGUUCACGGCCUCAUGAAGAGCUUUUGCCCCGAACAUUUGUUGCAUCUCAGAUCAAUCAAUUGGUUCAUUCUGCAUGGAAGUAUCAAAGCAAUAAUAAUGAUAGUGGAACUGUUGGUGCAUCAUCUGAUGGUCUACAAGCAAAUUGCAAUAAGUUCCUGGCGACUGGGUGCCAUCUUGCAAGGGCUUUGGAGUUACAGCUGGUUGAUGACUGGGGAUUUUCCGGAAGAUACACACGGUGUUUGCAGAUUGCUGAGGUCAUCAAUAGUAUGAAAGAUUUAAUGACUUUCUGCCAGGAUAAUGACAUAGGACCAAUGGAGAGCUUGAAGAGGUAUUCCCGAGAAUCCACCACAUCCAAUUUCCGGAAAAAGGAAUUACCAGAAAAGUUGGGUGAAAAAUCUGCUCAAGGUCUGCCAACUGAGAAGGAUAAGGUGAUGGCUACAUCUACUGCUCCUAGCAGUAACGUAGAUGAUAGUCUAAAUAUGACCAACCGAGGACAUUUGACUACCUCAGAACAUGCAGCAUCAGCAUUGCCAGGUUAUUAUAACAAUUUUCUGAGACAGAACUCCUUGACCUCUGAUGUGAACAGGAUGAAGCAAGAGAGUUCUUCAAAUGUGUCUAACCACAAUGCACCUUUUAAACCAUAUAAUGGUCCUAAAACCUCAAGUCCAAGACUAAUCCAAAACUCACCAAUUGAUGGCUUGUCAAGUUCCCAUUCCUUGGAAGGAAGCCAGAACAUACAGGAUCAUACUAUCCAGAAGAUACUGCAGGAGAUGGUAAACAACAGCAGAAAAGCGAAUGGGAAUGCUGCAAACAGAGUCAACUGCAAGAUCAGCCAAGGUACAGUUGUUGACUUGCCAACAAGAGGCAGGGUGAUCGACAUUGUUCAAAGCGGGUUAGGUUCUGGGAACAGCACCACAACGGAGGCUGCUCCAGGAAAUGCAUUGAGUAGUAGUGUGAGGAGGAUCAACAGCUCAAGGGCAAUGUUUAAUAGGGAGUCCUCUGAGUUUUGUGGCAACAACAGCUUCAACAAGAAGAGAGAACCAGAGGUCCCAGAGAAGCAUCUUCUUCCUGAAGCAAUUCUGAACAUGAUUCCUGGGUAUCAUGAAAAUGGAAAGUUCAGUAGCAGCAGUGGCGAUGUGUGCUAUGGAUGGAAGGUAUGACCUAUUUUUGGGUUAUUUCUUUUGUAUGUGAGAGAAUGUGGGAAGUUGCUUAUCGUGUACAGAGAAUCUUGAAUCAGUUUCAAUGGGUCCUUUUGCUAAUAUCACAUGACACAAAGAACAGUUAUACACUCACAUGACUUUUGAGUACAAUACAGUGAGUUUGUAAGAUCUGCAACUUGAUCGUGAUCAGAGUUUGUCCAUGUAAUCUGAUACCCUCACAACCUUAAAUAGCUUUGAUGAUAUAUAUGAAAUCAUACUAUAUAGCUUUUCGAAUCA